GAGCCCAGGCCAGCUUCGGGGUUGUCCUGGGACGUGUCCUUCUUCCUGCGUCUCACGAUCAGGCGAAGGCGGCGGCCACAUAUCUUUUGACUAAAGGACUCAGCGUCCAGUGCUCCAGCCGAAGGAUCUAAGGGUACUGCCCCCAGCGCCGCCACCAUGCCCAACUUCUCUGGCAACUGGAAGAUUAUCCGAUCGGAAAACUUCGAGGAUUUGCUCAAAGUGCUGGGGGUGAACGUGAUGCUGAGGAAGAUCGCUGUGGCUGCUGCAUCCAAGCCAGCAGUGGAGAUCAAACAGGAAGGAGACACUUUCUACAUCAAAACCUCGACCACCGUGCGCACCACAGAGAUUAACUUCAAGAUCGGGGAAGAGUUCGAGGAGCAGACUGUGGAUGGGAGACCCUGUAAGAGCCUGGUAAAAUGGGAAAGUGAGAACAAAAUGGUCUGCGAGCAGAGGCUUUUGAAGGGAGAGGGCCCCAAGACCUCCUGGACCAGAGAACUGACCAAUGAUGGGGAGCUGAUCCUGACCAUGACGGCGGAUGAUGUUGUGUGCACCAGGGUCUACGUCCGAGAGUGAGUGGCUAUGGGCCUGAUAGAUGCCCAAGCCCAUCCCCAGCCCAUGCUCCUGUUUCACUCCCCUAUUCCUUCUAGGCUAGCUCUCCCCUUCACCCACGUCACUUCCCCAGGGAGCUGGGAUGCCUCCUGCAGGGGCUCUGCUAUUUUUGGCCCCUCCCCCCUUCCCUAUACCAACAAAGAGGGAUGGAUUGCAAAAUCCCAGAUCACCCAUUCCAGAAUCACCCCGACCCCCGACCCCCUCCUCCAAAUAGGCAGUCCCACCCCAAUCCAGCCCAGAACAGUCUCUCUUUCUGUGAGGGGACCUGAAGGCCUAAGAGGGAAAGACCGGCCUUCUGGCUUCCACUUUGUCCCUGUAGCCUAUACAGUAUAGAAUAUUUAUUGGUUAAUUUUAUUAAAAUGUUUAAAAAAAA